AUGGAGCGGAAGCGCAAGCUGCCCGCCCGGGCCGCUGCUCGAGGCGAUCACGCUGCCAAAAAGCGCAAUGUCACACCAAAAGAACGCUCCGCGACGCCUGCUCCUCCCCCCGCGCCUCCUCCAGCUCCAGAACCCGAAGAGCCUCCCCCGCCUCCUUUGCCCAAGUCGAUUCAGGCAGGCAAGCCGCUCCCCACCGUUGAAGUCGCGCAGCCCGAAGACUUGUCGUCUAAGGAUUACCAGUCGGUCGGCGAGAGCGGUGUUCUUGCCGAAUCCCUUUCACGAUCUCGCCAAAAAUGGAUCAGCGAUGGUCUUUUCGCCAAAUAUUGGUCAAAACCGCACAAGCGCAAGGGCGUCAUCAAUGAAGACCCCAAGAAUCCGCCUAAGGAGACCAUGUCAAAGGUCGGCACCGUCACGAUCACGAUUGAACCACACAUCAUCGAAGCUACCAUGUAUGUCGUCAAGGAUCCUAAGCCAAAGCCCCAGCCGAUUCAGCAAAACCGUCCCAUCAUACAAUAUGGUCCUCCGAAUGGCAUAAUGCCCCCGCCUCAAGCGCCAGCCUCAGGAGCCGGCACUCCCAUCCAAAGUCCAGCGACGAUAGCAAAGCCUCCGCACCACAGCCCGGCACCGGGUCCAUCUCAGAGUCCAGCGCAGCCACCACAGCCGCUUCCUCGAGUUCCUCAGGAGCAGUCUACUCCGAAGACUGUCCAGCCAGGAACAGUGCCUCCAGGGAACAAUAUGACCCCCUCACCGAGCCCAAAUCUCCAGUCAAGGCCUCAACCAGCCGGAGUGCCUGUGGCACCAUCCCCAACACCACCUCCAAUCGUUCCUUCGGCCCCGAUCCCAGCGACGAGGCCACCUGCUGGCCCAAUGGCUGCCCCCUCCAUGUCACCAGCGCCUCGACCAGCCACGAGCAUACAUACAACGCCCACAGCCGGUCUCGCGAAACCAGUUACACCGGCUCCUCCCUCUGCGGCACCCGCAGCAAAGCCAUCCGCUAAUGACCCUGUCAUUGCUUUGCUUGCGCAAAAAGCAUCAGGGGAUGCUGAACUUCGUGAUCUUAUGAAGAGGGUCGCUGUUGGACAGGCAAAGGAGGGCGAGCUAGCUCAUUUCCAGAAAAUUAUCGAUCAGCUAAAUGCUGAAUAUCGCAGCCGAGGUGGACAACAGGGACCAUCUGCGGACCGACUUCUGGUGGAUGGAAGAACGGUCAAGUAUUUUGCGGUUGAGGUUCGAACUAUUCUCGACAUUGUUCUGGCCUCAAAUCCCAACCAGAAGUCAUCAGAACUGCGGCCACCACAGGGAAGUGACCCUCUGGUUGUUUUGCUGGUCAAGGCAGCUUUGGAGGAACACAGAACCCGGGACAUGAUCCGCCGGAUCGCCGAUGGACGACCUGGCUUUACAGAUUCUACGGACCUGAAGGAUAUCCUAGAUCGGCUACAUCGAGAGAUGAGAGCGGCGCCGCGGCCCUCCCCUGCUCCAUCGCAAGUGCGACAACACACCCCCAAUGGAGUACCGAAUGGACAACCUAGGGCGCCAACCCCGCAGACUGUGGCACAACCGAAUCCCCAAGCCUUGCGGUCCAAAGGCCCCCCGCCGGCUCCCAAGCCGGACGUCACCGCUGUUGUCUUUGAUUUUGGAAGCGGAGAUCGAUAUCUUUUCCCCAAAUUCAGCAUCCUGGAGUAUCCGCCGACGCCAUCAGGCCAGCAAGUCGUGGCGUCAUUCCUGAUAGUCCGUAAGGGAAGUACAUCCGAAUAUGGCGGAGACCCAAAGCUGGACUAUUACCAACCUGUUACGAUACGUAUCUUUACACAGUCUGGACGCCAUCUGGAGAAUCUGGCCCGAGUGGUUGCCCCACAGGAUGAGGUACGGCGCUACAUGGACGAUGUGAUGGACAACAUGACACGCGCAGAAUACGUGCUGCUCGCGAUGAGGCUUCCAAAAGCCGUCAAAGAUGGCGAGAAGGACGGCACCAUCUCGGACGAACCAAAGACAAAUGGGUCUACACCCAAGCCUGACCCGGCCCGUGAGCCGAAGCCGGUGUCGAGACCUGGUGUUCUAUGGACAUCCAAGGGAAAGUCAGAAACGCCACCCGGCGAGGGGCCCUCGAAGCCUCUGCGAGAUGCAGAGCAGGAGGCCCAAGCCAAAUACCAGCGACUCAUCAACUCAGUGUCUGCAAAGGACACGGGUGGUCAAUGA